AGCCUUCCCUGGCAUACCGAGGGAGGCGCACGUACGCGGGGCACGGCGGGACGAUCUGACGCGAGAGCACAGCGCCGCGGGCUGUAAGCAAGCAAGCGCGCUUGGGCACGGCGCCGAGUGCAGCCACGGAGGGGCGCGCACCUCCACGCUCGCGCGCGGCGGUUGGCACAGCUAAAGGGCAGAGCAUGGAGGGUGGUCGAGCAGAAGCAAACCACCGCCUGUUUCAGUUGUUCUUUCCCGGUCUUUUCUCCCCUUCAGUCCUUCACCCGCCUCCCUCUAGUCUCCCGCGGGGGGUCCUAUUCUUAGGCGCCGCGCCGAGCAAAGACCGCGCGGUUAAUUGAGCGAGGCCGUCGGUCGCGCACGUCCCCAGGCUCCCCCCCCCCCCCCCCCGGCAGGCUAUGGCCGCGGCCGCGACGGCAACCACCUGCUCGUCCUCCUCCACCAGCCCCAUCCACUCGGCAGGCCCGCACCGCAGGCGCCAGCACAACGACAUCGAGCGCGACGCGCCGCACGACGACUACUGCUGCGGCGGCGCAGACCACCACGCCUGCGCACACGACAACGAGGAGGGCGGCCUCCACGGGCACGGCGUCGCCACGCCCUGCAGCGGGAGGGCGCUGUUGUUGGCGCGGAGGAAGCGCGCGUGGGGCGCCGCUGGCGGCGCGCCGGGCCGGACCUGGAUGAGGGCCGUCGUGCUGUGCCUCCUCAGCCUCGUCGCUGUCGUCGGGUUCUUGGGCUCCCAUCGGGGCGACAGCGCCGGUCGCGGCGGCACGGGCGAGGGUGGCGGCUGCGCCGACGAUGGCGGGAGGAUCGUGCAUAGGGUGGAGGUGGCCGACGCCGACGUGAUGGGCUGGACCGAUGAGAACUUGACGGCUCUCCCGCGCCGCCCGCCCGACCCGCCGAUUCCUGAGAUAUGGAUGAAACUAGACAGUGAGGGUUACAGCCAGUGCAUUGAACGGCCAAGAAAUCACCGCAGGACUAACAAUGCAACUGUCGGUUACCUAAUCGUCGAUGCAAACGGUGGGCUAAACCAGAUGAGAAUGGGAAUAAGUGAUAUGGUUGCAGUGGCGAAGAUUAUGAACGCGUCGCUGGUGAUCCCUACUCUGGAUCACCAGUCAUUCUGGACUGAUCCAAGUGAUUUCAAAGAUAUAUUCGACGUCGAUCGCUUCAAGGAAACAUUGAAGGAAGACAUUGUGAUUGUGGAUUCCCUUCCACCAGCUUAUAGAAGUGUGAAACCCUACGUGAGAGCACCCACCUCCUGGUCCAGGGCUUCCUACUACAGAGACUUCGCGAGGAUAUUGAAGAAGUUCAAGGUAGUGAGAUUUACACACACUGAUUCACGGAUCGUGAACAACGGCCUUGCUCCUUCUCUGCAAAGACUCCGUUGCCGCGCAAAUUACAAGGCCCUUAAGUACAGGAAAGAGAUCGAAGCGCUCGGCAACACCCUGGUUGAUAGGCUGAGAAAAGGAUCGGACCAUUACAUCGCGCUUCACUUGAGAUACGAGAAGGACAUGCUGUCCUUCACCGGCUGCAACCACAACCUGACGCUCCACGAUGCGGCGGAGCUGACGGACAUGCGGCUCAAGGUGCGGCACUGGAAGGAGAAGGAGAUCAACAGCGAGGAGAAGCGGCUGCAGGGCGGGUGCCCCAUGACCCCCCGCGAGGCCGCCGUGUUCCUCAAGGCCAUUGGCUACCCUUCCACCACGAAGAUCUACAUCGUGGCGGGCGAGAUCUACGGCGUGCGCAGCAUGGAGGCGCUGAAGGCCGAGUACCCGAACAUCUACACGCACUACAGCCUCGCCACGGUGGACGAGCUGGAGCCACUCGAGCUAUACCAGAACAGGCUCGCCGCCGUGGAUUACAUCGUGGCCCUGCAGAGCGAUGUGUUCGUGUACACCUACGACGGGAACAUGGCCAGAGCGGUGCAGGGUCACAGAAGAUUCGAAGGGUUCAGAAAAACCAUAAACCCUGACAGGCUGAAGUUUGUGGAGCUUAUUGACAAGCUUGAUGAAGGUUCCAUGACCUGGACUGAGUUUCAGAGUGCAGUGAGAAAGCACCAUGAGAAUAGACUCGGAGGUCCGUAUGCCAGAUUACCUGGUGAAAAUCCAAGGCAGGAGGAAUACUUCUACUCAAAUCCUAUCCCCGGGUGCCUCUGUAAAAGGGUUCAGAGGAGUAAGUGAAAUAUGGAUUCACCUCGAAGGGAUACGAUUCAGUCUUGAAACACACUGCCAGCUUCAGCAGCUGUGACUUGGAUGGAGAUGAAGCAUCCCCCAAAUGGCAGGGAUCACCAGAUAGAGAGGAGUCCUAGCAAACUGACAGAGACCAGCAGUUUUGAUUAUUUCCUAGGCUGACAAGUGACAAUACAUGCAACUGAGGCCUUGAGAGGGCAGGGGGCAAGAAGUGAGAAGUGCGUUGUCGAGAAAUGUUCGAUUCAAGGGAAGAUGGAAGGAGCAAGAAGAUUCUGAUGUACUCGAAACAGUUAUAGGAUAAGUCUGAAUGAAAAAUGCUUCCCAAUGGCUGCUUGUAGUUAGUUCAUACAGUGUCUCAUGUUCUUGGUAUUUCUGAUUAAUUCGUUUUAGAAGUACACCAUACCUCUGGAUGGAAUGAUGGAUUCAUAAGAAUAGUGUAUAAUGCCUUGUUUGCAGGCUGUAGAACGAGAUGUUACAGUAAACAAUCAACAACAGAUACUUUUUCUA